AUGUCGUCCCUUUUCGUUCCUGUCGCUCUUUCUUUCUUCGCCAAAUCUGUUCUUGCAGCACCUGCUCCAGUGGUGACUGGUACCAACCUACCUCCUAAUAUCGCCCAGCAGGCGGGUGGUGGCCUGCCAAACCAACCUGGCACCCCUCAUGUCUCCCAAUCUGGGAUUGGCAAUUUCCAGCUGGCUAACUUUUUGGAGAAUCUGGAGUCGGCUUUCUUUCAAGAGGGACUGAUGAACUAUACACAAUGGGGAACUGGAGGACAGACGAACGGUGUGAGCAAUAUGGUCGUGGUCUCGCACAUUGCUGCUCAAGAGGAGGUGCAUGUUGCUUCCAUUGUGGGUUUGCUGCAAGCAAAUGGCGCCCAGGAUGUCGCCCCAUGCGAGUACAACUUCCCCACGACGGAUGAGACCAGCUUCCUAGCACUGGGGAACAUCAUCACCACUGUUGGCAUUGGCGCUUUGAUCGCCCUUGCGGAUGGUCUCUCGACGAGUGACCCUGGCCUGGAGGCCACUGUCGCCUCGAUUCUUCCUGUUGAGUCUCGACACGACGCCUUUUUCCGCCUCACCGCGAACGAGAUCCCCAAUCCCACCACAUUCGAGACGAAAAUUAGUGCCCCUUGGGCUUACAACUUGGCUCUUGACUUUAUCGUCGGAAACUCAUGCCCCAAUCUGCCCUCAUCGCUCACCAAUCUGCCUGUCUUUCCUGAUCUGGGGAUUGUCGGCUAUGGUGGCCCGUCAUUUGCAAACCCCAGUGCUCCUGGAAAAUUGAUCUUCAAGGUCGGCCAACCAAACAUGCUCCCUCAAAACUGGAACUCGGGUCCCCUCUACAUGGCGUGGGUUAACCAAAACAAUGUUCCUGCAUACACUGCCGUGACCCAGCAGGGCGACGAACUGCAUGCGGAUGUGCAACCGGGAAUGUUUGGGAUUGCAUUCGCGGCACUGACAAACCAAAACACGGCGACCAAUGUCGAUGACUUGACCAAGGCGACGCUGGCGGGACCUUUGCCAAUUCCCCUUACUUGA